UCAAACCAUUAGGUGCAGCACAGCUCAUCUAACUGUCUUCAGAGAAUGGGCGUCAUCUGAAGAGGAAGUGCAUGGAAUUCAGAGAAGUGAAACAGAUGUAGCAAUAUGUCAAAAGUUUGAGCACUUCCUACGUACUUAAGUAAAGACUCUUUGCCAGUUUCAAAUAAAUAGUUUGUGCAUAUGAAACUCACAUCGCAAAAUGAGUACUCCUUUGGUUCCAGACAAAUCAUGUUGCACUAAACAACAGGACAACAGCAACGAAGAUCAAAAUGACAACGAAAGUGAGGCCAGUUUAGGUGACAGCAAUGCCAACCAAAUAUUUCCUGGUACAAGGACUUGUGACCAGGUGGAGGUAUCUAGCAAUGUAGUCAAAACUGAAAUAUUUAGUAACUGGAAAACUGAAAACGUGCAUAGUACAUCACUGCAUUAUGGUCUCGAAUCUCCAGGCAGGGGUUUGUCAUUAAGUGAUUCAAGACCACAUUCACCCACUAAUAAGGACUUAAACAAAGGUUAUAUGACAGAUGACACCAAGGAGAGUUUAAAACCCCACAUUCCUCAUGUACAGACUCAACUCAACAUAAAGUCUAGCAGUCAUGAUAGAAGCUUGUUGAUACCCUUGAACAGAGCAUGUGAUUCUCCCUUUGGUAUUUAUAGUAAUAAUACAGGUAACGUAUCACCAAGUGAACGAUUUAAAGGACUUUCCUUAGCAAAAUCAGGUAUUCCUUCAACUAAAUCGGAAUCUUUUGUAAAAGACCAUAUAUCUCCUUCUCCACCUUUGGAUUCGCCUUCCAAAUAUGUUCAGUCCAUAGAGCCAUCAAAUUACGGGAUCAGGGCCAACACAGAUGCAUCUACACCAGUUGAUCGUUUAUAUGGACUACUCAGUCAUACACUCAACUAUACCUCAGAGGAAAAAAAGAUUGUAUUUUAUUCCAAGCCACCUACCUCAGAUGCCAACUUUUCAGAAUUUCCUUCAGGCGAGAGAAUCAUAUCUCAAAUGAACAAGCAAAGCACAUCACAGCAUCCCUCAAAUACUGAUCAUCACUCACGUUUAACUCUUAAACCUCAGGAAAUCAGUAGCAUAGCAGAAGCACAAUUUUAUCAGGGUCAAGUAAAUAUACCGUCAGAACUGAUCGAUGCAAAAUAUACGCAGACUAAAGGUAUUGGUCUGCACAGAGCAGACCAUAUACUACCAACUGAUAUGGCAGGCUCAAAAAGAGAACAUAUGUCAGAAACCAGAGUGACUCCAUUUUCUCCUCCAUGUGUCUUGAUGAGUCGGUCACAAUCGAACCGAGCUUUAAAACAGGGCGAUACAUAUUUAUGUAGCAGUCCUAUAAUACCUGACAACAAGUCCGCUAUAAAACAUGAUGAAAAUGCAGGCGAUACAUUGCAUAAUGAACCGAAAAUCCAAUAUUCUCAGGACUGCGAUCACCCAGACACCAAUUCUCAUGUAAUGGGAUCAUUAAAAAAUAAAGAGUCUCUCAGCAAACCUGUUAUACGUAAAAUUACUUCAUUCAGUGAACCUUUGGAAAAUAAAACAUAUCUGAAUAAAGAUAGAGCUUCGGAUGAUUAUAUUUAUCAGGGCGGCGACACUAACACUAACACUUUUUCAAGCAGCCACGUGACUUCCCUGAAAGACAAAACCUCUUUGGUUGAGAGUAAAAAGACAGUUGUUGGGCGAAAACAUCAGACAGAUGUUUUAAAAGGCAAUAUGAAAGAAUGUCACAAAGACUCUGCUGAUUACUUCACACGUCCCCCCACUCCCUCAAGCCCAGUAACAGCAGUAAAUAUUAAUGAUCAACGAACUGCCUCGCCGAGCAACAUUAAGGAUUUCAGCACAGCUCAUGUUGACAGGUUGUCACCUUCUACGGUGCUACCUCCUACUGAGAGCACACAGUUGUUCAACAUUUCGCCUAAAGCUACUAGCAAGACACUUUGUAACAGUGGAAUCCCCAAACCAAUACUAAUACAUUCCAAAACUUCCACCGCAAACCAAGGGGAUGUGGAAAGCAAUUGUAAUGAGAAAACCGAAGAGCCAGUCGAAGCUGGUCACACCGGUCUUACACUUUCUUUGCCAAUUGAAUCAAGCCUUAUUGUCCCAAAACCCAAGCAUGUACGGCCAAAAAUUAUUACAUACAUUAGAAGAAACCCACAGGCAGUGGACAGGAUCCCAUUUGGACAAAUGAGUAUACCAUUUGGGGCCCCGACAUGUACCACUCCAAUACCAAAGGAACAUGAGAUUUUGAGUAGUGAUGGUAAAACAUCUAGUACGUUGCUCGACAAAUAUAAGGCUGAUAUGCAAAAACCAAGGCUAUUCAGUGCUGGAUUAAUGGUAUCAGGAAUACAGCCACCUGGACAUGAUUCAUUAGAGGAGACAGGUGACAGAUCAAGGAAAGAUGACUUCUCCCCCUCUCCGUUUGCCCAUUAUGAAGUCCCUCCUAGCUUCUACAGAUCCACCAUGAUCCUGAAACCGCAACUUGGUCUAGGUGCUGUUUCCAGAUUGCCAUCAGCUAAGAGCAGAAUAUUGAUUGCAAGUCAACGUUCCUCAAGCAGCUCAAUAACUCAGCAAGACCAUCCGAGGGCGACUGGAAGUGUUAACAACACAGAUAUUUCAGAGGAUGUAAAAAAAGACUCCAUUACAAAUGGCGCCAAGUCGAAUCUGCCAAAGCCUUGCCAGUCUAGCCUUCGUCCUCCUGGUUACUCCCGAUUACCGUCUGGAAAGCUAGCAGCGUUUGGAUUUGUUAGAAGCUCCAGUGUGUCAUCACUUUCAAGUAAUCAGUCCAAUGAGAGCAUCCAGAGUGAUCAUAACAGAGCACUUAAUGCAGGUACAAGCUUUGCAAAUGAAGAGCAAUGUACUCAAAAGACAACUUUACCAUCAAGGGAUAUGCCCAAGGGUACCAGUAGGACAGUUCUGCAAGUGUGCAGCAGCACAGCAGUGCCCCGCAGGAGUCUUCUUCCAUCCCCGAAAACAACCAUAUCACCUGCUGGAUCAAAGAAGGACACAUCAAAAGAGCAAGACAUCAUCAAGCCUACAAUUUCUUCGCCGAAACGACAAGUAUCAUCUACAACCAAGCAGCAUUCACCGGGCCAUCACCAGAAGGUACGGCCAACUAUCUCGAAGAACGGAUAUGCCGCAAAGCCGGAAAUACAGACUCGAGAGUCAGAUCGUCAGGGAAUGCAGAAACUCAAAGAGAAAUACGAUGAGCAAUCAAAGAAGCUUUUAGUUGUCCAAGAAGAACUUAAAAAAGCGAGUUGUGGGUUUGUUGUGUUUGCCGUGACAACCCAGUAUUUCUUUAAGAAGAAUGAAGUUUGUCUUAUAAAAGAAAAGGAACUGGCAGUUGAGCUUGCCACCAUUCGAGAUGAAGUGGCCAACAACACCGCUCGCUGUGAGAAAUUACAAAAAGAGAAAGAAGAGCUGGAAAUCAAAUUUGAUAAUGAAGUGAGGAAGCUCGAACGUCUACAGCAGGAAGAGCUCCAAGUUCUGAAAGAGCGCCUUCAGGUCCAGUCCAACGAAGAAAUGGAGCACUUACGGGAAGAACAAAUCAUCCAGCUUACUCGACUUCGAUCUCAACACCAGGAGCAGAUUGAGAACUUGGGUGCCGUUCAUGAAUCCACACUAUCGGAACUAAAGUAUAACCACUCAACUGCCAUAAAUUCCAUGCAUGAUGAUCAUGAAAGACGAGUUCACGAGUUAAAAGAAAGUCACGAGUACGAAAAGAAACUCAUAGAGGACAGCUUUGAAAAAUUGCGUUUGUCUUUACAGGACCAGGUUGAUACCUUAACAUUCCAAAACCAUUCACUACGAGAUCGGGCAAAGAGGUUUGAAGAAGCUUUAAUGAAGAACACUAAUGAGCAAUUUGAGAUUGCAUUAGCACCAUACCGGCAUUUAGAUGAAGAUUUGAACAGCGUGAAGCAAGUUUUAGAGAUUAAAAAUCAACUCAUUCAUCAACAGGAGAAGAGGAUAAUGGAGCUGGAGAAACUGGCUGAAAUAAAUGUUAUCCUGGAGGAAAGGAUUCAAGUUCUUCAGCAGCAGAACGAGGACUUAAAAGCUCGAAUUGACCAGAACGUUGCCGUGACCAGACAGUUAUCUGCUGAAAACGCCAAUUUGCACGAGAGUGUGGAGAAAGAAAGUAAGGAAAAGAAGAGACUAAGCAGGACGAAUGAAGAGCUGGUUUGGAAACUACAGACUGCUGAGUCAAUGAGUCCUGUAAAAAUGCCUUCUUCUCCUAUUAAACAAUCUACAUCAGGUCCUCUUUCUCCCGCUAAAGUCAGUUCCUCUCCAAGAUGACAGUACAGCAGUGAAUAAGAGACAAAUUAUUCUGAUGCCAUUCGUUUUUUUCACGGAUAAGUACAGACAUUCACGUCAAUGGAUUUCUAACAUCUACUACAAGAACACCUGUACUGACCCGUACAUGAGACUGAUUCCAAAAGUGCGUCAGAGCCUCAGAAAUCUAAAUUAUAGAUUUUGAGCCAAGGAAAUAAAAUAUAAAAACUUUUAGCUACUAUAUUUAUCCAGAAUGGAGAAGCCACAUUACUAUUUCAGGUUACACAGAGUCCAAUAUGCUGGGGAUGUAUAUAUUACUGCACAUAACUUACAGGUUUAGACGUACAUAAAGAUGCUGAUACAGUAUGUACAAUUGGAAGCUUUCCUUUCUAUUUUGGAUAAAUGCUGAUGUGUUUGUGGUCAGCUGUAUUCUAGCCUGUGCCUAUGUCUCUACCUGAAUGGGACAUCAUUCUGUCCAUCCCACUUCUAGAACAUGCUCUAGAAAGAUCCACCAAUCAAUAAAGCGCCUUCCUCUCUAUCCAAAAAUAGAAGAAAACAAUCACCAGCGAUACAAAGUGUUCAUGACAAUGCUGCCUUUGCAAUAAUGUAUAGCUUUGCUGGCAUGUUAGCCCGUUUAAUCCCUACGUACGAGUCACUAUGUGAUCCUAGCUUUGCUCUUUCGGUUACAGCUAGUUUUGCUCAAUUUUGUAAAAUUUGAAUAUCCUUUUAUUGUGGCCAAGGGCAAUGCACUUUUUGGCGAUAGAUUAUUCUGAAAAAAAGAAAAAUUUUCUUCCAUUCCUUAGCUUUGGAAACGCUAUGAGGGUCUGUUCACUAAAAGCCAACUUUGCUAUAUAGCAAGUUUGGUGACUUUCAUAUGAUUCUCUUUAUUUUAUCUGAAAAAAUUCAUCUGAGGUUCACUUUUUAUACACAAUCAACUAAAUUAAAUCCUCAAUAUGGUAAAUAAUACCCUUUUAUUUUCAAAUAUGUCUUAUCACAGCAGUGAAAUGGAUAUGAUAAUAGGUCAAACUGAACUUUAACUGAAUGGAACCCAAUAUUCCUGAUAUCAGAAGGAAUAUAUCAGCUAUCAGACAUUAGGGAGGAUUCACAGCUAGUCUAAAUUACGGCAAUUGGGACAAUUGAAUGAAGGGGAUUUGGUUAAAAAAAGGGUUACAAUUCCGUGUUUUUGUGAAUAGCCAAAUUAGCAAGCUUGUAUGGAGGUUGGCAGACCUUAACGUCUACAUGAGCAAAAUAUGAGUGGAAAUGCAAAUAUGGUUCAUAUAACCAAUUUUCCAUUUGCAAAUUACCAAAUUGAUAUUAUAUGGCAAAUGUUUGUUUGAAAUACUUACAUUUUAAUGAUUGAACACCAUUUGGAAUCCAUUUGGCAACUAAUGGAUACAUAUAUAUAUUUUACCUAUAACAAAGAUUUUAAUGAUUCACAUCAUCAUAUUACUAAACAGGUACUUAAUUCACCGGCUUCAGUUCUGUUAUUAUAUCAACAAAGAAACAUUUUUGCUUCCUAGAUUCUCAAAACACUUCCUUUAUACCAUUUGUAUUAUUUCAGCAUAAGGAGCGGCUGCUUACAAGGCAGCAGAAGUUUUUUUUGUAAUUUUUGUAAAGCACAUGUGAAUAGGUGUAUAAGCAAGAAUCCUUGUUAAUGGUUUUUAUUAAUUUAAUAUUUUAUAUUGUGGCCAUAAUGCACUCCGAAUAUCUGGAUAUGUCUAGAAUGAUCCAGAAAAAGAAAACGACACUUCCUAAUUAAUCAACACUCACGAUGUUGAGAUAUGUAGUAUUACCCUUUGUUAUUUAUUAUAAAAUGUAAAAACUGUAUUUAAAAAAAAAACGUUGAAACACUGUGUUAGAAUCUAGAUUAUUAAUUUAAGAAAUAAUUACAUAUUUUUUACUGGUUUCAUUAAAUAAAAUAUUUACACUACGUAUGUCUGCUAGUUAGAAGAAAAUGGUGACCGGCUAGUAUGAUGCAUUUUUCAGAAAAGUAUAUAGAAACUGAGGCUACAUCAUUUUAAAAUGAAAUUGUAUUUAUUGGGUUUUGGGAAU